AUGGAGUCGUUGCCUGAGCCCGCGUCCCGCUGUCUUCUGCUUCUUCCCUUGCUGCUGCUGCUGCUGCUGCUGCCGGUCCCGGAGCUGGGCCCGAGCCAGGCCGGAGCUGAGGAGAACGACUGGGUUCGCCUGCCCAGCAAAUGCGAAGUGUGUAAAUACGUUGCCGUGGAGCUGAAGUCAGCCUUUGAGGAAACCGGCAAGACCAAGGAGGUGAUUGGCACAGGCUAUGGCAUCCUGGACCGGAAGGCCUCUGGAGUCAAAUACACCAAGUCCAUUUCAGAUCCCCCAGACCAGAUGACCUAUCUUCCUUCCAGCUCUGACUCACUUCCCGUUGGAGGGGAACUCAGUUCCUCAUCCUGCUGUCUUGGCAGGGACUUGCGGUUAAUCGAAGUCACUGAGACCAUUUGCAAGAGGCUCCUGGAUUAUAGCCUGCAUAAGGAGAGGACCGGCAGCAACCGAUUUGCCAAGGGCAUGUCAGAGACCUUUGAGACAUUACACAACCUGGUACACAAAGGGGUCAAGGUGGUGAUGGACAUCCCCUAUGAGCUGUGGAACGAGACUUCUGCAGAGGUGGCUGACCUCAAGAAGCAGUGCGACGUGCUGGUGGAAGAGUUUGAGGAGGUGAUCGAGGACUGGUACAGGAACCACCAGGAGGAAGACCUGACUGAAUUCCUCUGCGCCAACCACGUGCUGAAGGGAAAAGACACCAGUUGCCUGGCAGAGCAGUGGUCCGGCAAGAAGGGAGACACAGCUGCCCUGGGAGGGAAGAAGUCCAAGAAGAAGAGCAGCAGGGCCAAGGCAGCAGGCGGCAGGAGUAGCAGCAGCAAACAAAGGAAGGAGCUGGGUGGCCUUGAGGGAGACCCCAGCCCCGAGGAGGAUGAGGGCAUCCAGAAGGCAUCCCCUCUUACACACAGCCCCCCUGAUGAGCUCUGAGCUCACCCAGCGUCCACUGUCCUGAGACCCCUGAUUUUGAAGCUGAGGAGUCAGGGACACGGCUCUGGCAGGCCAGGAUGGCCCCGCAGCCUUCAGGCCCUCCUUGCCUUGGCUGUGCCCUCUUCUGCCAAGGAAAGACACAAGCCCCAGGAAGAACUCAGAGCCGCCAUGGGUAGCCCACGCCAUCCUUUCACCUCCCCAAGUGUUUCUCUCCUGACCCAGGGUUCAGGCAGGCCUUGUGGUUUCAGGACUGCAAGGACUCCAGUGUGAACUCAGGAGGGGCAGGUGUCAGAACUGGGCACCAGGACUGGAGCCCCUCCGGAGACCAAACUCACCUCCCCUCAGUCCUCCCCAACAGGGAACUAGGACUGCAGGCCCCAUAACUCCUCUCUGCUUACCCCUCCUGUGGACACCUUGCACUCUGCCUGGCCCUCCCCAGGGCCCAAAGAGUAAAAAUGUUCUGGUUCUGA